UUUGGUUUGUGUGUUUUUUUUUUUUUUUAGUUGUUGCUCGGGCUUUUAUACUAGUUUCUGUUGAUGACACUCACAGCGAAACGCAAACAUAUUGGCCACACACAGCUGAUUUCGAGAUAUUGACAAGUUGGCAUUUUCAUCCCCCAUUUACAGUUACAUUUUUUUGUUUAGCAACAAAAGGAUUUGUUUUAUUUGUUUUUUUGUUAGAAACAAUAAUUGUAGAAUUCGACUGGAAAAAUUAGUUGCUUUCUCUUAGUUGGGUGGCGGCUAAUAGGAAAUUUGAAUUCUCAUUGUGUCUAGUACUUUCGAGUUUGCUUUUAGUUAAGUGAUUGAGUUUUGGGUGGUUGUCGUAAACAAGUCCACCCACCCACCGCCCACCCUCUCUGCGAGACGGAUUCCUUUUUUCCUGACAAUGAAAAUCCAUUUUCGAGAACAGUACGGAACUAAGGGCGAGGAAAUUCUUUAUGUGACACCAGCAGAUCAGAGCAACAUAGUCCGCGUUCCUUUACGUGGGGAUAAGCUGGUCAUUCAUGAGAAAUUCAUGCUCUUUCGGGUACUGCAGAAGAUCUUCCUGCCCAAGGGAUAUCCGGAUAGCGUCAGCGAUGAUUAUGCGGCAUAUCAGAUCUAUGAUACUAUUCAGGCCUUUUGCAGUACCAUUUGUGGUACUCUGUGCACACAUGCCAUAUUGAAGAGCAUUGGCGUUGGUAGUGAAAAUAUCAAUGCAUAUUCGGCGACGGUAACUUGGAUUUUGAAGGAAGGCAGUGGACAUGUUGGCAGGAUUUUAUUUGCCUGGUGGCAAGGCUCACAAUUAGAUGUGGACUCAAAGAAAUGGCGUUUGCGAGCCGAUUUCCUCAAUGAUCUGGCCAUGGGCAUUGAAAUCUAUGUGCUUCCCAAGUAUCCUCACCUUAGCACACAAAUCCUGUGUGGAUCCACCAUGCUAAAGGCCGUAGUCAGUGUUGCGGGUGGAGCAACUCGAUCGGCCUUGACACAGCAUCAUGCCUUGCGUGGUAAUCUCGCGGAUGUCGCCUCUAAGGACAGUUCACAGGAAACGUGUGUCAAUCUAUUAGCCUCCUGCGUGGGCCUCUAUGUGCUGACGCUCAUCAAAAGUCCUGCAGUUCUCUAUACAGUUUUCUAUCUGGUGGUAACACUGCAUCUCUAUGCGAAUCUGAAAGCAGUUCGAGCCGUUUGUUUGCGCACCUUUAAUGAAUCUCGCUAUUUAAUUGCUCUGGAGGAGUUCUUUCGAUCGUCGCGCAUGUUAACGCCUCAGCAGGUCAAUGGCAUGGAAAGGGUAACACUGGGACAAACCGUUUCCGUCUCUCUCAACAUACGCUUGGGCUUAAGUGUCAAGAAUCUGGUGGAUGAAUAUAAGAGUAGCAGCGAUAUUGAGAAUAUUGUCUCCUCCUUUGAUACCCAUGAGAGAUUCAUUAUAGCGGAAAGUAAAAAAUAUUUGGGAGUCUAUUUGCAUUUCGAUACGAGACCUCAAGAUGUACUGAAGGCGUAUUUCUUUGCUGUUUCCUAUCUGCAGGAUAGAAAUCAGUUAAAGGAGAAAUACUGGGAUAUCCAGGCCAAGUGGCAAGAGUUUUUUACCCAGGCGCAAAAGGAAGGUUGGAACAUUCACACUCAUCUACUGAUGGUAGACGAAUUCCGCUUGGAAUGGAAGGUCUAAGAAAUCCAAACGGAAUCAUGACCCAACGCUUGGCAUUCAUUCCACACUCUCUCAGUUGCUUAGCUUAUUAUAUACAGAUAAAAAACAGAAGAAAAAAAUUAGACAAUUAUUCAUGGAAAUCUCAUUAUCCAUCACAUCACACAUAUCUCAAACGUAUGCUAAUCCAGAAUUAAUACUAACUUAGUGCUAUUGAUAUUGAUAUUAAUAUCUUCCAAUUAACUCUGCCUUAGCACAAAGUUUUAUAAGAUAAUUGCUCGAUUUUGGUUUUUAACAUUUUUUAUUUACUUUAUAAGAAUAACUUUAACUCUAAAUGUAAAUUUCCGGGAUAAACCAGGCAACGAAUUUUAGCACAGGCUUUAAUUCCCCAACAAACAAAAAAUUGUAUAAAGUUUUAUUCCAAUAA